CGGACGCGGCGCCAGUGGGCCGCCCGAGUGCGCUGAGGACGGCCGCACGGCGCACCAGCGCGCUAGGGCACAGCACGAGACAGGCGCGCGCGCACACGGGGCCGCCGGCCGAGACUGCCUCGGGCCGUGGCAGAGCGCGGCCGCGGCGGCAUCACUGCUAAGGACCAGGCUCCGCCGAUGCCCAGCUGCUGUCCCCGCUGCUGCUGCUGGUAGCCCCUGGCCAGCCACCGUCGGUGAUGGGGCUCCGCCUGCCUCUCAGCGCCCUGCUGCUGCUGCUGGCCACCCUGCUGUCGGCCGCGCGCGCCCAGCACGACACCGACCAGUCGCAGCCGCCGCCCGAAAAACGCCAGCGCGAGCGCAACCAGUUCGUGCCGUACAACUCGUACGCGCCGCGCGAGCCCAGCUGCGAGCAGCUGAGAGCCAUGUGGAAGCUCUCCAAGCGACAGCACCGGAACGCAGUGCGCACAAACGCCGUGCCCCGCUACCAGGAGCCGUACCUGCUGGGCCGCGUGCACGACACGCUGCGCCACAACCCGCUGUACGACGCGCCGCGCCACCGGCCGCAGCCCACCUUCGGCACCGUGGUCAACGGGCCGGGCGAGCACCAGCGUCAGUUCGCCACGCCGGCGCUCACCGAGCUGGUGCAGAGCCGGCCGGCCGGCCGUCCGGCCGACCACAACCUGCGUGACCUGGUCCGCAUGCUGGAGCGGCCCGAGCUGCCGGCGGCGCCGCCCGAGCCGCAGAGUCUGAGCGGCGCCCAGUACGGCCGCGUGCGGCUCUACCCCCGGCCGCGCUCUGACGCCUCGGCGGCGCGGCGCCUGUUCCAGCGGCGCGCCGCCGCCGCCGCACCUGGCAGACAUCGAAGGAUACCGGACCUGUAGACGGCGGGAGCAGAGAUCGGCUGAGCACGCUCCGGAGGGGCGCGUCUGUCCGGUCCGGUCCCGGCGCCAGGUGUGCCCCCUGAGCCCACAGCUGCUGCUGGGACCCGACCCGGACACCGGACACCGGACCCGGACCCGGACACCUGCGCCAGCGCGCAGGACUGCCCUGCCGAGGACACCUCCCUUCAGAAGACUCACCGACGCCGAGAAGGCAGCUCCGAAAGGCUACCGCGGCGGAAAAGGGAACGUUCCACCUAUCGGCAGCAUACGGCUACCGACUUUGGGCAGACACACAUUAUUUUUGUCCUGUUCGCACUAAUGAUGUCAUAAUGUGUCGAAGUAUGGGAAGGUGUUUCAUCUUUGUCGUCUCCGUUGCAUUGAUAGAGAGUUACUCACAAAUAAGCAAUGAGCUCGAGCAAUUACCGCGCACAUUUAGUGCGCAUGGCACGCAUGAACAUUCAGUAUAUCGUGAUGUUGUUCACUGACACCGGUGCAUAGUACACUCAAGCUCGUAUUUGUAGCUUGCACGAUGAACAAAGCAGCUUAGGAGCCCCGUUGAUACUAUUUGGGACAUACAGCUCACCUCAUCGAUCUAAAUUUAAACUACGCGCUUUUAAUGUGACCAGUCAUCUCAUUUCUGUUCGUUACGGGAAACAGACUCGGGCAUGUAUCAUGAUGGGUAAUGACACCUCUCGGCGUGUCAAGUGAUGUGGCUGAGAGCACGCGCCCGGCGGCCGGCGAAGUGCGCUGCCCCGGGGGUCGUCGAUCACCGUCGAUCUCCGUAGUCGGCGCUGGCUGUUGGGGGCAGGCAGAGCCCGCCCGUCUUCAGAGGGACCGCUGACCACCUGCCUGUCAGUAGCGACCCUCCGCGGGCCGCGGCGGUCCCACCGGCCGGCCGGCGCGCGGCCCGCCGCCGCAGGGUCGAUCGCCGGUCGCCGGGAUCGGCCACCGGAAAUCGGACAUGCCUGCCGGCUCAAUAGCUGUCGGCCCGUCUGGAGACAGCGCGCGGCGCUGACAGAGGAGCGGGGCGGGGCGGCGCGCGCGGCCGGGGGCACGCGACACCGACACCGGCCUCGGCCGCCGGCGGCAGCAUUGAUCCCGUCCCGAGCGGCGACCCAGAUGAGUUGGCAGCCGCGCGGUCGGCCAGCGCCGCUGGCACCCGCGGUAAUCGGCCGCCAGCCGACACCCCCGUUUGGCGGCGCGCGACGCGCGUCAUCGGCGCAUAGCGCGCCACCGGACCAUCGCCGAGCGGCGGCCAACAGCCGCCGCAGCUGGCGCCUUCGCGAGAAACGGUCACGAGUUUCAGUCAGCCGACCGUCUCCCGCCGACGGCAGGAAGCCGUAUUUUCCUGUUUGGUCGCUCUCGGGCGUCAGCGCCAGGCGGGCCGCUUCAUAAGUGCGCCGACGGCGGCCGGCGCGGUUAAAUUGGUCCCUCCGAGGCCUGUUAAGACGCAACAGAUGACGGGGAUUUGUUGCCGGAAGUUUACGACAGAUGAUUCAGCAGCUGGUGUCUGGCUGGAGGUCGUCUGAAGCGCUGUCGGGCGCUCCUGUCGAUGAUGGACGGUCGGCUCAGAAAGAUGACCGGCACAAACGGCCGCGCCACCGCGCUCCACGCCAUUUGCACGGGCGGCGUUCGUUUCCGAGGCGAAUGGGUGAUAUUUCGGCGGAGGUGGGCGGCCCAGUAGCCUUUCCGCCGGGUCUGUCGGCUCCAAUACCGGGAGGGCGCGGCGCCGCGGUCAGCAGAUGGUCUGGACGGACGGCGCAGCUGGUUACCGGGUGGUCAGCCGAUGGUUGAUGCGGUGCCCCUGACCGGCCCUAUCAGAGCGUGGCAGCCGGUGUUGGCCGACCGCCGGCCACCUCAGCUAGCCCGGCCCGCCGACCGGGCGCCGCCGCACCGCCGUACCGCGCCAGCCAUUCCGGCACCAGUCAUCUGACGUCACAACGCCAAAUCUAAACGGCGUUUGUCUAAUCUCAGUCGCCCAAGUGUCUGCUUCAGCGCUUGAUAUAUAAACUAAUAAUGUCCGUUUCUAAAUCUGUCGAGACUCGAGCUCGAUUGACUGGCGGCUGCCCGAUCCAAAUGGGCGCGCCGGCCGGGCCCGGGCCGCUGCCGCCGGGGCCGGGUCGAGCUGCAGCCGCGUCGCGCGCACGGUGGCCGCCGUUUGUGUAUGGGCGCCGCCGCGGCGGCCGCGCUGUUGGCUCUGCGGCGUUAUUGUGUUGACCCGGGCCGGCCGGACGCCGGCGGUGUCCCGCUGCCCGCCCGCAGACCCUGACCGACCGCCGCGCCGGCCGAGGCGCGACCCUGACCUCAGGCCGGCGCCGCCGCCGACCGCCCCUGCCCCGCUCCGGGCGUUAGCCCGCCGGCCGGCCGCCGCUACCGGUGUGGACGCUUCAGCAGGCCCAGAGUCGCGGCCGAUGCAGACUUAUCUCGUCAAAUGGUUCACAUGGUCUUCCAAAUAAUCUCAACUCGGGGAACAGAUUUAUUACCCGUAGGAGAGCGUAGAUCUGCACUCACUCGUAUCUGGACGCACCUUUUGUAUUGGCACUAAAUCGGAAAUAGGGUUUUUGAGUGUAUAAAUUUAAGAUUGGUGGUCGCGCUGGACGUUCUGAUGAGCUGGUCGCCGCCCCCGCCUCGGCGUCGGACCGAUGGAGGGUGGUGAUAGGCUACGGGCGACCCACAGGCGCCGGCUCACUGUACUUGUUGUCUAUUUUUCGAGCGUUUGUAUGUUGUAUCGCUGGGGCGUUGGCUGGUUGUCUGAUGGCGCAGAGACGAGCGCAUUGUUACGCCGGGUCCGCAGAGACCCUGUCUGGCCGAACCGGCCGUCCGCCGCCGGCCGGCCCCGGCGUGCUCCCGCUCCUUCCUCAGACCACACUCGGAUCUCAGUUUCGGCCGCAGUACUUACUCAUGUUUGUCCCACUUAUCGUGUGAUGUGGCUGGCCACUACUUAGUUUCCCUCACUCUGUUUUACACCUGCGUCGCCCCGUCCGUCCCAUCCCUGGACGGCCGGGGUGCCGCCGGACUGUUGCACCUCACGCCCUCACGGCAACCAGACCCGAUGGCUAUCAGCUCUGCGGUCGCUGUGUGUGCCGUACAUACCUCCACAGCAGCUCUGUGCUCUGUGCGGAGCCGGGCGGGUCUCAGCGCGCGGCGGCGGCCGGUGGCUGCGCGGCAGUGCGCUCGUCACCCCACAGGCACGACCGGGCGCGUCUGACGACACGAGAGGAACGAGAACUGUGAACGGAUGUGACGCGCGCGCGCUCCGAACCGCCGACCUGUCCUGUCGAUACAGCACCCAUCUGGGACUGUGCGCGGUCACCGAGCUAUCGUCACCGCUCUGUCCCCGGACUAUCGUCACCGCUCUGUUACCGACACCCCACCGGGCGACCCGGCCGGCGGCGCUCUCCGCUCCCCGGGUGAGCUCGGUGCUGAGAACGGCGACGGCCGGCGGACGUUCGACGCGCCUCGCGCUGCGUCGCACGCGAUCGUACACCACUUCCAUGAACAGCGGUGGGCGCGCUGGUUGGUCUGUGUUAUGUUUUUGUCGGUGCGCUGUUCUUGUAUUUUCAAUGGGCACGCAGAAUUUGAAUAUCUAUACUACUCGUACAUGGCAUGUGCAUAGAUAACUGGAAAAACUCUCGGAAAGACGUUUACUUGACGAAGUUCAGCUGAAGACUUGGUCAAGUUUUUAAAUGUUUCAUACUGCAAGCGUAACCUUAUGUUUCUACCCAAACUGCCUAUUGCUGUCCAUCAUAUUUAUUGUAUGAAAAUUCAAAACUUCGAUAUUUGCAAAGGUUCAACUUAUGACGUUUAAGCUGACCCAAAAGAAAAACGUGAAUAAGACCUUGCAACCUUGAAUGUAAAAAGGCACUUUUUAUCUUAACUAUGGCCGCAAUGAUUUACUAAAGUCUGUAGCGCAGGAGUCGACCUCCGGGAGACGUUUUCUGAUAUCAAUGCACAUGUUUCUCGGGGGUGUGUGGGAACUGGGACAUCCGUGUGGCAGGCAGCUCGGUCAUCUUGCUUUAACGUGAUUGUACCUGUCGGCGACAGAUUUAUCUGCUAGUUAUGUCCUCAGCGGCGACUGAAAGUACACUCUAGGGGCGCUGCACAGUGGAGCGCCUCCUUCCAUAUAAUCUGUAAUCGGCACUCGCUGGCACGGUCGUUCCACCUCCGCGCACCUCGGCUCACCGGCGACUGGCGACUGCACGGCGCCCGCUGCGACCUCAGGCUACUCGUAUAUCAAUAAUUAUCGUAUCACCGGAACGAUCAUAUCCUCUAUGGCAUAUCCUGACUGCAUAUCUAAGUCGGCACACGUCUCUGUCUCUGUCUCUGUCCCUGUCUCUGUCCCCGUCUCUGGCUCUGUCUCUGUCUCUAUCUCUGUCUCUGUCUCUGUCUCUGCCCUCGGCUCCGUUUCGGCGGACUCGGCUGAGUUUGUGUGCGAACAGCGCCCGAUGACGUCCGUGGUCGGCCGUCUGCCAACACACCGUCGUGACGUAACUGUGACGUCACCAGCUGUCCGAGACGAGGCACGGGCCAGACGUCACCGCUAGAAACUGCGUAUAGCUUUGUUCUUCGAGCUUAUGAUAAAUAUUACUGUCAAUAGCUAUACGGCGUCGUGCAUGCUGGUAUCGACUCACCGCAGGCCAGACAAAAAUAAAAUCCUUAAUAACAUGUCUACUA